AUGCCGUCGAGUUCGUUACACUCCGCGUUCAUGCGUCAAGAGUACUGUCUCCAUUCGAGUCUCGACAGCGGUAGAGACGGUCGAGCGUAUCAGGGUCAGACCGAGCUGGAGGACAGAGACAGGCAAUGCGAUGGAAAUUCCCGAGUGGAGUGGGGGAUCCUGGGCAACCAGGAAUGUAUGUAUCAAGGCUGUGAGGCUGAUAUUUGGUUGAGGAGGAAACAACUGAACGAAGAGAAAAGAACUGAAGAGGGUCGCGUGAUGCUCCAACCUGACGGAAGAGGACAGUUUCAACUUUUUGAAUCCGCCAAGGAGUCUCGUCCACCGCCUGCCUACCCACCGAUUGCCCCGGGGGAUCUCCGGCCGGAUGCUCGGGCCCGCGGAUGA